AAAUAAAUUAGCAGCGGGCUCAUUGAAACUGCACAUUCUGUUUCAGUAAGCCUAAGUUUCUGCAUUGUAAUAAGUUAUUUGGUGCCAUUGAUGCUGCUCGUCAUUUUCCGUGAUCUGAGUAGUAUCAUUGUAAACCUCUCUACAUCAAAACUAAAUAGAAGAACCUCUGAAGAGCAAUGCAACAGAUAGCAAGCUAAAAGGACAGCAUUAUUUUGCUUUAAUUCUACAGCAUGUUUUCAUCAAGAGGGGAAAGAGGAAUAUUUGAAGCAAUAGAAAGUGUAGACAUCAGACGAUAUCACAAAAAGCAGAGGGAAGAAGUGAUCGUAACAACCCGUGAACACUGUAGAACAACAACUAAGGACACCACUGAUGGAGUAAUUACUUUCCUUAAGGGAGAGAGAUUGUGAGGCAGGAGGGAGUGAAAAGAAGAAGUUAUUUGUGUAAUUUUGGGGAUUCUGCUGAGGAAACCUGAGUGAACUCUCUUUAGUUGUACAUAGAAUAUUUGCAUAAAAGAUUUUUUUGUGGCUGAUCCAGGAACUACUGGAAGCAGAAAGGAGAGCUGGAAUACAGAUAAAUCACACUGACCCAUUGCUCCUCUUCGUUACUGUUAGGCAACAGAGAUACAUUUUUUUAUUUUAGUUAUAAAAAUCAGAUAAACUUGAAUAUGAAUACAUUGCCUUUGUUGUUCAAGGAGGUAACUCUUGGAACACAUAGCUAUUUAAUCAAAAUUCUUUAGAGAAUAAUAUGCUAUUUUAAAGAAGACUUUUAGAAAUGAAAGUAUUGUUGAGUUCAUUAAUUCACUCUAAAAUGGGUUAUUUCAAUCCAUAUUGGAGCGAUUUUUGAACGUGACAGCAUAUUAAUAUCUAAUGAGGCAGUAUUAUUUUAUAGAAGUUUGUCAAAAUUGACAAUCGUUGAUACUUUUUAUUGAGGAUUUUAUAUAAUACCUUGUUGUCAUGGAUGAUGAAACUUUUGGAAAACUAAACAACAGGAUAGAAGAAACACAGGCUAAUUAGUACACCACAUGAAUGUGAGAAAUAAGGAAUAUUAUUUACUGGGAUUCACCAAACAUAUAUGCAAGCUGAUCAAUUAGGGACACUUCCACUGAGGAGACCUGAGCUGUACAUUUAACUGAAGUGUCAUUGUCAUUGUGUACCUUCUCCAUUAUCGGGCAAGUGAAAGAGCAUGAUGAAUGUUUGUAGUAUAAUGGUAUAAAUCCUUCUGGUGUCUUGCAUGAAAUAUAAGAGGGAGUAUGUACCACCUGCUUUGACAUUGAUUCCCAGGUGUAUGAGUUGCUCCUCUGAUUGUAGAUCACAUUGGUCAUCAUCACUAAGGAUUUGCACAUUGAUAUUGAUAUUGAUAUUCUCUUAUUUUAGAAAUAGUUAUAUGUCAAAUUAUAUCAUGUUGGAAUUUGUGACGCCUAUAUUCCUGUUUUCUUCAGUGUGUUUUUGUCAUAUUUCUGUCCCAAGGCACAAAGUAUAAAACCUCAAAGCCCACACUAAUACAGGCAGGAAAAUACAGGUUGAUGCUAACAGUGCAUGAAUAUAUGGAUAUCUUUAUCAUAUUUACAUAUGAUUUAUUAUGUAUCCCUUUUUCUUUUCAGUGUCUUCUCAGAAACAACCAGCCUUGAAGGCUACAAGUGACAAGAAAGAUUCUGUUUUGAAUAUAGCCCCAGAAAUAAAGGAUGGAUCAAAAUCUGGGACAGUGUCUUCUCAGAAACAACUGACCUUGGAGGAUCUAAGUGAUGAGAAAGAUUCCGUUUCCAAUAUAGCCCCAGAAAUAAAGGAUGGAUCAACAUCUGAGACAGUGCAUCCUGCCGUUGACAAGCAUUUAAACAGGCAUUUCUGGGCACAGCGUGUUUUUCCCAAGUCUGGGCUAAAGGACGAUUCUGAUUCUGAUUCUGAUUCUGUGAUUGUUUCAAGACCACAUGAAAUAAAGAGGAUUCCUCAUGAAGAUUCUUUAAAAAAUUUGUCUUCUCAGAAACAACUGACCUUGGAGGCUAUAAGUGAUGAGAAAGAUUCCGUUUCCAAUAUAGCCCCAGAAAUAAAGGAUGGAUCAACAUCUGAGACAGUGUCUUCUCAGAAACAACCAGCCUUGAAGGCUACAAGUGACAAGAAAGAUUCUGUUUUGAAUAUAGCCCCAGAAAUAAAGGAUGGAUCAAAAUCUGGGACAGUGCAUUCUGCCAUUGACGAACAUUUAAACAGGUGUUUCAGGAGACCGGUUGGUUGUACAAAGCCUGUGCCAGAGGAUAAGUCUUAUUCUGGUUACACGAAUAUUGCAAAACCACUUGAAAUAAAGAGGAUUCCUUAUGAAGAUUCUUUAGAAAAUUUAGUGCUUCCUCCUGUUGAAGAGUGUUUUGACAGGAAUCUCCAGAGCCCAGAUACGGUUGAAAAGCCUGUGCCAGAGGAUGAGUCUGAUCCUGAUUCUGAGAUUAUUGUAAAACCAUGUGAAAUAAAGAGGAUUCCUUAUGAAGAUUCUUUAGAAAAUUUACAUGCUGCAUAUGGCAUUGAAAAAACUGAAAAUGGAACCUUGUUUGAAAUCCAAAAGAAUGAUAAGGAAGGAAAAGUACUACCAACAACUGGAAAAAAAGCAAAUGUGUCUCCUGAGCAACCACCUUCAUUUAUGCAUACUGUGAAAGACAGAGAUCACAUUUCAACUAGAGUCGUAGGAAGGGUGGAUUCGCCAACUUCCAGAGAAGUGUCUUCUCAGAAACAAUCAACUUUGAAGGCUGCAAGUGACAAGAAAGAUUCUGUUUUGAAUAUAGCCACAGAAAUAAAGGAUGAACAACAAUCUGGGACAGGUUCUUCUCAGAAACAACAGGCUUUGAAGGCUACAAGUGACAAGAAAGAUUCUGUUUCAAAUAUAACCACAGAAAUAAAGGAUGGACGAAAAUCUGGGAGAGUGUCUUCUCAGAAACAACGUGCCUGGAAGGCUCUGUUGAAAAGGAAAGUUUCUCUUUUGAAUGUAGCCACAGGAACAGCAGAUGGGCAAAAAUCUGGAGCAGAGUCUUCUCAGAAACAACUGGCCUUGAAGACUACAAGUGAUGAGAAAGACUCUGUUGUGAAUAUAGCCACAGAAACAAAGGAUGUACAAAAAUCUGGGACAGUGUAUUCUCAGAAACAGCUGGCCAUAAAGGCUACAAUUGACAAGAAAGAUUCUGUUUCGAAUAUAGCCACAGAAAUAAAGGAUGGACAAAAAUCUGAGACAGUGUCUUCUCAGAAACAACGUGCCUGGAAGGCUCUGUUGAAAAGGAAAGUUUCUCUUUUGAAUGUAGCCACAGGAACAGCAGAUGGGCAAAAAUCUGGAGCAGAACAAGACUUAGAAUUGGCAUCAGAGGGAGAGCAAAAGAAGCUUGAAGAAUAUGAAAAUAACCAGGCAUGGAUGAAAAACCAAAUACAUUUUAGGGAUGACCUUGAUGACACAAUUCAGUCAUCUCAAAUAGCCUCAGAGGAUGAUGACUCGCUUUCCUCUAAUUGUAAGAAAGUUAUAUUACUCAUUGAUCGACAUGGAAUGCAGUGUAAAGAUUGUGUUCACCUAUCAAAAAUUAAAAAUGCAAUUUAUUUACGUGAAAGAUCAAUAGAUAAUCACUGUGAACGACUCACUAGAAAAAUUCAAAAAAUGAAAAAUAAGAUUAGUGUGCUACAAAAGAGACUAUCUGAAGAAAAAGAAAUAAUAUCACAGUUAGAGCAUGAAAAACCUGAAUGGGAAAAAGCACUCUGCAGUUUGAGAUAUGCCAUACUACAAGAAAAAGAGAAAGGAAGAAAUUCUGAAAAGUUGCACGAAAAAGUUGGGGAAAAGAUACAGAAAAUAGAAGAGCAAUAUGCAAUAGACGCCAAAGAGAUAAAACAACUUAAACUGGCUAUCAAAUCUCUGGAGGUGGAAUUGGAGACUGUGGGGAAUGAUUCAAAUCAGAUUUCUGAUAGUCAUGAAAAAGAAGAAGACCUGUUGCAUGAAAACCACUUGAUGCAAGAUGAAAUUGCCAGGCUUCAGCUGGAAAUAGACACACUUAAAAAUCAAAACCUGGAAAAGAAAUACUUAAAAGACAUUGAAAUUAUAAAAGGGAGGAAUGAAGACCUUAGAAAGACUCUAAAAUGGAAUAUGGAAACAUUAACAAAAAUGAUGGCCUGUUCUAGUGGACGGCUUACUGCUCUGACAGAUGAGAACACAAUGCUCCGUUCCAAACUGGAGAAGGAAAAGGAAAGCAACCAAAGACUGGAAACAGAAAUUGAAUCAUACCGUUGUAGACUGAAUGCUGUUCUAUGUGAUCAUGAUCAAAGUCAGUCAUCAGAAAGAGACCAAGAGCUUGCUUUCCAGGGCACAGUAGAUAAAUGGUGUCAUUUACAGGAAAAUUUGAAUUCUCAUGUUCUGUUUCUUUCUCAGCAACUUUCUAAAGCCGAGAGUAAGUCCAAAGGCCUCGAAACUGAACUCUGUUACACAAGAGAGGCUCUGAAAGAAAAGACUUUGGUUUUUGAAUGCAUGCAAAGAGACCUAAACCAAACACAGUGUCAAAUGAAGGACAUUGAAAAAAAGUACAAAAAUUGCCAAGAUAAAGUAGAAAAAUGCAUAGAAAAGCAGGAAAGAUUAUGUCAACUACAUAGACAGAGUAUGUUGCUUCAAAAGCAACUGAAUGAUGCUCACAACAAAGCUGACAAUCAAGAAAAAACAUUAAUUAAUAUUCAAGCCAAAUGUGAUGCCAGAGUACAAAGUGUUCAAGCUGAGUGCAGAAAGCGCUCUGUUUUGCUAGAAGAAGAGAAUAAGAGGUUGAUCAAUGAAGUCAAUCAUUUGAAAGAAAAGCAAUGUCAGUAUGAAAGAGAGAAAGCAGAAAGAGAAGUACUUGUGAGACAACUUCAACAAAAACGGGUUGAUGCCCUACACAAAGAAUCAACAUCAAAAACUUUGAUGGAUGCAUCAUUGCGUCGCUCCGUCCAUUUAGAAAGUGAGCUGGAGGAUUCAAAGAAGAAAGCAGGCCAGAUGAGAAGUCAAGUAUGUAUGAAACUUCACAUGCCAAAAACAGUUAAUCUGUAGGCGGUUAACUAAUAUAAAGUUUUGGGGUACUAAUUUUAGUGGCCGGCUUUCUUUUGUAUUUUCAUUCUAAGUAAUUUUAUCAAAAUUUUAUAGUGAAUGCUUUUCUUUUGUAUUUUCCUUAUUAUUAAUUUUAUUAAAAUUUUAUUAUCUUUAUAAUACACCUAUUUCUUAAUCUCUGGCUUUCAUUCUGCCACUUUUAUACAUAUAUUUUUUCCCUAAAUAUUUAACCUUAGGAAAGUUGAGAAUUAUGCAUCCUUUCUCACAUAAGUUCAGAGAAGUUUUUUUUUUUUUCCUGUUUAACAGUCUGUUUUUAGUGGUUUCUCUAUUGCCAUGAUGAGAAAAGCCAGAUUAAUUCAGAGAAUAAUGUCUAAUGGAAUGUUUUAGAAAAUUAUCUUAUUUAUAAUCUCUAGUUUUCUGAAUGAAUAAAGAACCUGUGCAUACUUAUUUCAUAGAUUGCAGGUUAAUUUUGUACAGAAAGGCCAUUCUACUGAAUAAAUUUUUAUUUUGAUGAAAAUCCUUACUCUCUCUUUGUAUUGGGCUCAGAGAGUACACUCUGUCUCUAUAUGAACAUGGACAGUUAACAUUUGCCAACAUGUAUCUAUUUUCUCUUGUUUAUUAAAAAAACUAAACUAAAAAGGGGGUUAUAGAAGAUCAGCAAAGGGUGGGUUUGAGAUGUUUGAGUGGCUUAAGUGGGCAUUUAGACAACACGGCUUCUCCUUUAGCAUGUUUAAUGCACACCUUGCACUUUAAGAUGAUGCUUUUUAAUGACUUCUAUUUUAAUGAUGCGUUGAGUCCUGCUACUCAGAUAGUCAAUACUAUCCUGUAAGAUCUUACUUGGAAUGGACUUUGUUUUAAUUUUGUUCCUGCUUAUUUUUAAAAUUUCUUGAACUUUUCCUACAAAGGAAAGGUGAUGCUUAGUUUUAAAUAUUAAAAAUGUGCAAGUUGCUUUGCUACAAUAAAACUAAAUGCAUACAUACAAAAAACUAAAAUUAUAGUUGCUGUGGUAGUGUUUGGAAUUCAAAAAUAUAAAUGCUUACCAUGAGGUAAUUCUUUAUCUUUCCACAUUUUACCAAUUUGUAAGUUUGAGUAUUUAUCUGAUAAAAUAUCAUUCAGAAGCAAGAAGAAUAUUGUGUUUUAGUCCUAGAGCAUGGAUCAGUAAUCUUUUCUCUACAGGGCCAGGUAGUAUUAUUUCAGGCUUUGUGAGCCAUAAGAUCCCUCUUAAAUCACUCAACCCUGCAGUUAUAGCAUAAAAGUAGCCAUAAACAAUAUGUGGAUUGAAGGGGUAUAACAGUGUUCCAGCAAAAUUAGUCACAAAAAAACAGGUAAUGAGAUGACUUUUCCUGGAUUAUGACCUUUUUUAAAUAAAAAAGACUGUGAUAUUCUAAAACAAUAUUUUAUAUAUAUUUUGUUGAUUUAUUCAUCAACUGAUGGACAUUUAGGUCAUUUCCAAAUGUAAAUGGUUUGUUUCUAAUUCUUUGUUUUAGUUUCAGGAAAUACAGGAUCAACUUACAGCAACUUUAAGAUGUACUGAGAAGAUGCAAGGCGACGUAAAAAAGUACAGUUUGAACACAAAAUAACUUGAGUAUUUAUAAAGCAAAAGAGCAAUGUAGUAUGAGAAUUGUUAUCAGUUAUGAUAAUAAUUAUGCCUUUGUGAAGCCAAGGAAAAGUUUCAUUUGUAAACUAUAUUGAAAUGCAUCAUUUUUCUACAUUA